CAAGCGCAGGGAGGAGACGCCGACGCCGACGCUGCUGCCGCCCGAGCCGGGGUGGGUCUGGCGCGGCGUCCGCAUGAGGCUGAUGCUCCUUUGCUGUACCUGGAGAGACGAGCCCAUGGGAGAGGACGAAGGAAGCGAUCUGCCGAUAUGCGCCAGCUGCAGCCACAAUAUCUACGACGGCCAGUAUCUGCAGGCCCUCAACGCGGACUGGCACACCGACUGCUUCAGGUGCUGCGAAUGUGGGGCGUCCCUUUCCCACCAGUACUAUGAGAAGGAUGGACGCCUCUACUGCAAGAAGGACUAUUGGGCCCACUUUGGGGAGCUCUGCCACGGCUGCUCAGAGCAGAUCACCAAAGGACUCGUUAUGGUUGCUGGAGAGCAAAAAUAUCACCCCGAAUGCUUCAGCUGCCUGAACUGCAGAGCGUUCAUCGGCGAUGGAGACACUUACGCGCUGGUGGAACGGUCCAAGCUCUACUGCGGACACUGUUAUUACCAGAUGGUGGUGACGCCAGUGGUGGACCAGCUGCUCCCAGAAUCUCCCGGCACCCGGAUCCCGCACACGGUCACCCUCGUCUCCAUCCCGGCCUGUUCUGAUGGCAAGAGGGGCUUCUCCGUCUCCAUCGAGGCUCCGCAUGGAGGCUCAGAGCACCCACACACUGUCCGUGUCAGAGAAUUGAACCCAGACUGCAUAAGUCCUGACAUGAAGAACUCCAUCCACGUCGGCGACCGCAUCCUGGAGAUCAAUGGCACACCGAUCCGGCAUGUCCCACUAGACGAGAUCGACCUGCUGAUCCAGGAGACCAGCCGCCUGCUGCAGCUCACCAUCGAGCACGACCCGCACGACAUGCUGGAGAGCAGUGGCGGCAGCCCCCUCUCGGAGCUGCGAAGCCCCCUCCGCUCCCCCAGCCGCACCCCCUGCCCAGAACCGUCCGCCAUCCGCCAGCGCUCCGUCAUGAGAAGCUGCAGCAUCGACAAAUCCCCCUGCUCCAGUUCCCUGGGCUCCCCUGCCUCGCAGCGGAAGGACAUCGGGCGCUCUGAGUCGCUCCGAGUCGUCUCGCGGCUUCACCGGAUCUUCCGCCCCUCGGAUCUCAUCCACGGCGAGGUCUUGGGCAAGGGCUGCUUUGGGCAGGCAAUCAAGGUGACGCACCGGGAAACCGGAGAAGUGAUGGUGAUGAAGGAACUGAUCCGCUUUGAUGAUGAGACCCAAAGAACAUUCCUUAAGGAGGUGAAAGUGAUGCGAUGCCUGGAGCACCCCAAUGUGCUGCGGUUCAUCGGGGUUCUCUACAAGGACAAGCGGCUGAACUUCAUCACGGAGUACAUCAAGGGAGGGACGCUCCGUGGGAUCAUCAAGAACAUGGAUGGUCAGUAUCCCUGGAACCAGAGGGUCAGCUUUGCAAAAGACAUUGCUGCAGGGAUGGCUUAUCUGCACUCAAUGAACAUCAUCCAUAGAGACCUGAACACGCACAACUGUCUGGUGCGAGAGAACAAAAGUGUGGUAGUGGCCGAUUUUGGCCUUGCAAGGCUGAUGGUUGAUGAGAAGAACCAGCUGGCCACUCUGAAGAAGCCAGACCGCAGGAAGAGGUACACGGUGGUGGGGAAUCCCUACUGGAUGGCUCCAGAAAUGAUCAAUGGCAGGAGCUAUGACGAGAAGGUGGACGUGUUUUCCUUCGGCAUCAUCCUUUGCGAGAUCAUUGGGAGGGUCAGCGCAGACCCCGACUACCUGCCUCGGACCCUGGACUUUGGCCUGAAUGUGAGGGGCUUCUUGGACCGCUACUGCCCCCCCAACUGCCCCCCAAGCUUCUUCCCCAUUGCCGUCCGCUGCUGCGAUCUGGAUCACGAGAAACGGCCUUCCUUCAGCCAGUUGGAACAGUGGCUGGAAGCCCUCCGGAUGCACCUGGCCAUACAGCUGCCCCUCAUCUCCCAGCUGGAGCAGCUGGAGCGGGACUUCUGGGAGACGCAGCGGCAGGCUGAGGGCGGGCUCCCUGCGCACCCCGAGGUCCCAGAAUGAGCACCGGGGGCUGGAAGACGCUUCCCAUCCUGCUGGGCCAUCCUGCAAGCUCCCUGCGUCUGCCACCUCCCCCCCCCAUGCCCACCGGAGCCGGUCUCUGGGUCCAAAGAGGCCACGUCCGUCCGUGGUGUCCUGCGUGGCUGGGAGCUGGUUCUCCCUUCUUCUUUCCCUGGGGGUGGGCGGGGCGGGGCGGGAUCUGUGCCUGGCAUGCACAGUCGUCGGAAGGGGCACCUUGAAGCUCUUGUAAAUACCCUUGUAUAUGGAGAGGCACCUGGACAAAAACACUGCAAGGGAAAGGGCGACGCCCCCUUGCCCCACACUGCCCCCCAACUUCUGCUUGGCACGCUUUGUGGCUGCGAAAGUCUUGGAACACCCACUGAGCACGUUCCUUCCUGUUACCAGCUGGCUAUUGCUCCACAAGCUAGCGUUGUGUGUGUGUGUGGUUUUCUUGGGGGGAGGAUCUCUGGGGUGCCUCAUUCCAGUGCCCCACAAACAGGCUCUCUUCACUCCCUGCCUUGGGCAGGGUCUCCCACUCCUGCAAAGCGGUGCCUUCGGGUUUUCGUCGUUCCCUGGUUCUCUGCCCGCCCCCUUUCAUUUGUUCUCCGUGUGUGGGUCACCUCCGUGGGGACGCAGGACUCGCACCUGUGACGUGCAACAUUUAAGGCAUGGCCUAUGCGCUGCCCGGAGCCCGUGUGGUGCCCGUAUCUCUCUGUGCCCAGAUUGUGUGUCUGUCUUUCCGUACCCCCCUUAGGCAGUCUCCUAACCCUGCUGGUGGAGGAACUGUUGCCACCCCUUAGUUGUGGGUGUUUGGAGAGGAGAAGUGCUCUCUGUGUGCAUUGUGGAGUGGCAUGAUGCGCUUGACCCCUCCCCUCCCGCCGCUUCUCUGCUCUGCAUCGCCCUUCCAUGCCAAACUGCUGUUCUGAUAGUGGGGAUUUUGUUGUGCUGCAGGGAGAUAUUUGCGACAUCGGCCCACUCCUCUUUUUCCCACGGAGAGCUUUUGGCACACAGGCCUGGAUCCUCCGGAAAUGCUUCCCAGGUCUGAGGGGGACCCCCACAGCUUAGGAGUGGAGCAGAGUGGGGCCCGGAGGAGGUAGAGCUGGCACCAUCAGGCAUCUGUUGAGAGCCCUCACUCUUACAAGGGGCCACUGCCAGCCCCCAGGGCCUCCUGGCCUACUUCUCCUCCUCCUAUCUUUUAGGAGCACCUUGGAUAAGAUAGAGAGGAAUCAUAGAAUUGCAAUUUAGCUGCGACUCCUGCAUUGCAGGGGGUUGGGCUAGAUGAACCUUGGGAGUCCCAACGCUACCAUUCUAGGAGUCGCUAAGCUGCAAAAGGAUGCAUACAGUGGUACCUUGGUUCUCGAAUUUAAUCCGUUCCAGGAGUCUUUCGAAACCGUUCGAAAACCAAGGCGCGGCUUCCGAUUGGCCGCAGGAGCUUCCUGCACUCAAUCGGAAGCCGCGCCGGAGGUUCGGCUUCCGAAAAACGUUCGCAAACCGGAACACUUACUUCUGGAUUUGCGGCGUUCGGGAGCCGAUUUGUUCGACAACUAAGCUGUUCGGGAACCAAGGUAUCACUGUACUAGGAAAAAUGGCAUUAAAAAGCAUAUUAUGAGAUAUUCGGACUAAGAUGCUGGUGAAUUUUCAUGAAAAAAAAUAUUUGCAAACUGGCAUUGAGUCACUCGCUGCCGCUGGGCUCCACUUGGAUAAUUCCUGACCCUGUCUGUGUGGCCUCCCUUCCACGGUUGACCUGACUGGGUCCCUCCCUGCUACAUCUGGGAGGAAGGCAAGCUUGGAGAGUGUGUGGCAUCAGAGCCAGGGUGACCCAGGGCUGUGGCCCCCCUCUGCCGCGGGGGUCUCCUUCAAACUAAUGGGGAAGUGUUGCAUUUCCAUGGGGCCCGUGCAGAGUGCAUCCCUUGUGUCCCAGGUCAAUCCUGAUCUCCCAUUUGGGGCUCCUGAGCCCCUUGCUGCUAUCUUUGUUCUCUGGACCACUCCACUCCCAUUCUGUUGUUUGUGAAGGGGCCUGGGCCAGCCUCCUCCAGCCCCGCCCCACCCUACUUUUGCCAGCUAGUGGGGCUGGUCAGAUCCUGGCCUUUUGCCUUGCAUUGAUUUCUCCAUGCCACACCAUCCCUCUAGGUGCUUUUAAGCUCCUUGGUUGCUGAAGGGUUAGGCCCAGCAUCUCAAGGAGUUUUUCCACGCUGGGUGGGGGAAAAUCUUCCACACAGCCUUCUGCAUUUUGGGGAGGGGUGCUUCUGCGCAGUAUGUCUGAGGCCCCCUCCUCUUCCCUUCCCUCCCACCACUACAUUCAGGUUAAUUUUUCUGUAACAUAUUUGAAGAGAAGAGUUUGUAUUAUUUUUUCAUAUACAGCUGCCCUUGGCGCUUUUUGGAGUUUUGCCAUGUUUUCACUCUGCCUCAGUUUCGCCUACGGGGAAGUAUUACUUUGGGGAGUCACUGGGUGGGUGGGGAAGAAAGAGCACGCGAAGUUUUUUUGUUUUUUUAAAAUAGACUGUGAAGCAUCUGUACGCACUUUGACCCGGAAGUGAACCUAGAUGCCGUCUCCUGAGGGGAGGCGGAGGAUUUGCAAAACAGGGAUGUGAUUUUAAAUCACGUGGAAUUAAUAAAAAAGAUCUUUCCACCCCACACUUCCGUUUCCUGUCGUUUCCUUGGAGGG